AUGUCUGCUCGACGACAAGCGUCGACCACGUCGCUCUCGAAGUAUGCAAGGGCCAGUUCUCCCGACCUUUCCAAUCGUUCUCUUGACUUCUGCAAUGCCUUCUGGGGUAUUGCCGAUGGUGGUGUCGAUGUCCUCUUCGCUCGUAUGCGGGGUGCUGCGAGGACCAUGGAUGAGCUCAGAAAUUUUUGGAAAGAGAGAGCCAUUAUUGAAGAUCAAUAUGCGAAGCGGAUGGCGAGUCUAGCGAAGACCACGUUGGGCAGAGACGAAAUCGGAGAGUUACGGUCUUCUCUGGACACGUUACGUCAGGAAACUGAGAAACAAGCCGGUUUCCAUCUCUCGCUCGCCCAGCAGAUCAGAACGGACUUGGAGGGACAGGCUACUGCAUUCCUUAACAAGCAGCAGCACCACAAAAAGACAUUCCAAACCGCAAUGGAGAAAGAGUUCAAAACAAAGCAGACGCAAGAGGCGUAUGUAAACAAGGCUCGGGAGAAAUACGAGGCCGAUUGUGUACGAAUUAAUUCGUACACAGCUCAGAGCACACUCAUGCAAGGCAAGGAUCUUGAUAGGAUACACACGAAACUGGAGCGCGCGCAGCAGACAGUGCAGGCAAACGAGCGCGAUUUCGCAAACUUUGCUCGCGCGCUACAGGACACGGUGCAGAGGUGGGAAUUGGAUUGGAAGACGUUCUGCGAUAGCUGCCAGGAUCUAGAGGAAGAGCGUAUGGAGUUCAUAAAGGACAAUAUGUGGGCGUAUGCGAAUGCAAUAUCAACCAUCUGUGUCAGUGAUGACGAGUCAUGCGAGAAGUUGCGGAUCUCACUUGAACAACUUGAGCCAGAAAGAGACAUGGAAAACUUUGUUCGUGAUUACGGGACAGGCAGCGCGAUACCGGACCCUCCCGCUUUCGUCAAUUAUGCAAACCCUGACGCUAUUCCCUCUCAACGGCCGGUCACGCGACCCGCGAAUUUCAGCCGUGUAUCGAACCGUGCAAGGACACAGGCUUCACCCCCUCCCCCACCAGAAGAAGAAUUCGAACCGACCACGAACAUCGGUGGCGUAGGUAUGGGGGGAGGCCGCAAGGUGGAGGCAGAAGCCGACCUUGGAUUGAGUCGGUCUAUGUCACGGAGUCGUACUAGUGCACGGGCGGCUCAGGAGCAGCCACAGAUGAACGGACAACCUUCCUCGCCUUCCAUUACCUCUCGCUCACAACAGCCUUCUGCAAUGGGAACGCGUCCCGCCGACCCGCAGGCCGACCCGAUCGAUCCAACUCAUAAGACGAUGCUCAAGGUAGGAGACAAUGCCUACGAGGUCGACCUUUCCCGCGAUCCACAGGCGAGGCCUGGUCCUCCGACGCUGAACGGAACUGGUUCCGUGGUCAAUACUGUGAAAGUGGGGCAGGAUGGCGACCCGCUUGCCCAACAGAUGGCCAAUCUGAGGAAUGCAGCUUCUGCUGGAGGGGGGAGCGUGAGACGCAGUGGGCAAUGGAAUUCUCAAGCCCAGCAAGCCCCCGUUCCUGCGUCUCCUGUAAAGCGGGAUCCAUCGGCAAAGUUGUCUCCUCCACCUGGUGGAUCUGGCGGUGGUGGUCCCCCAAAUCGGGACUACCGUAAUUCAGCCGAAAUUAUUGUUGGGGCGUAUCCGUUACAACUCUCUAAUUCCCGACCUGCGUCGCCUAACCCGCCCACUGCAUCCUUCAUUGCUCCUCCCUCACAAAACAAUGCUGGUCCGUCGGCGAAUAUGCCCGUUCAAGAAGUCCUUGCUAAUUAUGGACAGUCGUUCCCUGGGGAGCGUAAAUCCGUUAGCAGACCAACGAGCAGAGCUGGUAGCAUCGCUGGAAGUAUUCAAAAUCAACAUCCACAUGAACGCCCGCUCAGCGUUGAAGGCCACGCAGGCAUAGGUGCGCAGGGACGCAGUACGAGCCCACAGCCGUUUGUUCCUCCACCUCACAGCGCUAGCCCUGCUCCCCCUGCCGUAGCAGCCAGUAACCUUUCCCACCGGAAUAGCUACAGGGUACCACCACCUACUGUCAACGGCAAUGCGCAGGGACACGGGGGACCGGGAAGCAUUCGCCAGGGAUCCAUAUCUGUUCCCCAGCCUACUGCACAGCAACAGCGACCAACGAGCCCGAACAGUGUUGGCAUCGUCCUCGACCAGAACGGCCGCGUAGCGAUGGAUGAAAUGGCUGACGUGUAUGCGCAGCAGCAAAAUUCAUAUCGCGGUCCCCAAGUGCAGACCCACCAGCAAUCCAUACAGCGGCGGCCGAGCUACAGUCAGGGUCCGAACGUCGUUCCCCCUCAUAUGAUGCCACCUCAUACCCAGCCACCUACGCAGUAUGCGCCAUCUGCCCCGGCCCCUGUAUAUGGCAUGCAGUACGGAAUACCACCACAGCAGGCUGUGCCUCCGUCAGCCGCGUACGCACCACCUGCCACGCAUUACAUUCCUCAGCAACAAUCCCACCCUCCGCCACAGCCACAGCAGCAACCAGUUUAUCAGCCCCAGCCGCACGAGUAUGCCCGCCAGAGCGGGGUUGUACAGAGCUUGCAAAGAGGAGCUUCGAUGAAUGGAUACUACCCACAGCAGGGUAGUUUGGUUCAGCCCCAACAGCCACAACAACAGCAGGUCUACCGCGCGCCGAGCCCAAUGAGACAAGCGUCCCCUCCGACAAGACAGUAUACGGAAGAUGGUCGGGGUGUGUUGUUUUACGUGAAAGCCCUGUAUGACUACCAGGCUACGAUUGAUGAGGAAUUUGACUUUCAGGCUGGGGACAUUAUCGCCGUUACUGCGACACCCGAAGACGGAUGGUGGAGCGGGGAACUGUUAGACGAGGCUCGAAGACAACCCGGCCGACAUGUCUUCCCGAGCAACUUUGUAUGUCUCUUCUGA